AUGGUUGAUAAUACAAGGAGUCUUAGCCUUAUAGAGGAGCCUUUGGAACCGAUGUUGAAAGCAAAUCCAUACAAUUAUCCUGAAGUAUCUUUGAUCAGAGGCAACGAUGCUGCUCUACGUGUACCCGUACCUCCACAAGAGUAUCUCGUCACAUCUGUGACCCAUGAAAGGUUGAAAUCUGACCACAGACUUCCUUGGCAGAAUGAAGCUAAAAUGGUUGGAGUUGCUAGUGCUCCUUAUGAUGUUACUGUGAUCGGAACUGCGAUUCUGACGGACUUCGAUGUUAAAAAACCUAAGCAUGAAUUAGUCAUCGAUUUGGGAGUGCACUAUGAUACGCUACCUUAUGAACCUGGUGACGCAUUCUACUUUGUCUUUCCGAAUCCGGCAGCUGAAGUAAACUUCAUUCUUCACAGGAUGGGUGUUCUUCCCAUCGCUGAUCAGCUAUGCACCGUAUCGUUGAUACCCUCUACAAAGAAGCUUAACCCUACCUUGCCGCCUCACAUUCUACCGAAAAGCUCCCUUCGACAUCUGUUUACGCACUGUUUGGAUAUCAGAAGAACUCCUGGACGAGUAAGUUGUUACUAAUG